UCAGGAUUUUGGAGAGGAGGAGCUUGCACUUUUUCCUCAUUUCACUACUACUACAUUUACUCUGCAGUCACGCUUGCAUCACUUCGUCUCCACAUCUGGCUACCCUUUCCAAACUAUACAAUAUCGGACUCUUUUAGGCUUCUCUACAGCGAUUCUCCUGCUUUUGAUUUUCUGUUCCACCAUCAGCCAUGUUGAUUAUUUUGGCCGCCAUCAUCCUCUUCCACAUCACCUCCGCAAUACUACUCUUCAUAGCAACCAUCAGAAAUGAAUGGUGGGUUUCGAACAACUACUCCUUAUAUCUCUGGUAUUACUGCAACACCACAAACUGUUAUGAUAUACCAAACAGUGCAACCUCUGAUGCAGCCUAUCUUCAGACUGUCCAGGCCACCAUGAUACUGGCCACUAUCUUGUGCUGUGUGGGUUUCUUUGUCUUCAUCCUUCAGCUCUUCCGUCUGAAGCAGGGGGAAAGAUUUGUCUUUACGGCCAUCAUCCAGCUCUUGUCCGCCUUCUGUGUGAUGACCGGUGCGUCCAUCUACACAGCAGAGCACUUAAACUUUAACAAAGGUGGGAAUUUUCAGAAUGGAGAGUAUGGGUACGCCUUCGUCGUCGCCUGGGUCGCCUUCCCCAUUACAUUUCUGAGCGGCUUGAUGUAUCUAGUACUAAGAAAACGCAAAUAAAGCGCAACACACCACCUCGCUAGCUGCCACCAGCUACAGACUUAGCCAAGAGACUUUAUUUGUAAUGAUACUUGUUUUUAUGUAGAUUAAAUACUUGCCAAUGUUAGAAUGAAGUAGAUCAACUUGUAAUAUUAAUCACUGCAUACUGGAAACCUAAUUAGAUUCGAUUCAUAGUAGCCUAUGUCACUUUUCUUUUUAAAAACCUUUUUGUGUAUAAUUUAGUUCUACCUGCCCAGUAAAAUAAAAAUAGUGCUGUGACUUAGAGUUAAAAUAGGGAGUGGAAAAAGACACGAGUGGGAGAUAUAAUAGGACAUAUUUAUAACAUGGAACCACUAUGGGCCUGACAUGUAUUUUUUACUCAAUACAUGGUGUGAAAUUGGCCUUAUACGUAACACUUAGUGUGUAGUAAAUAACAUGCUAUAGUGUGAUAUUUCCUGGUCAUUAUAUAUGUGCUUGGGGAAAAAAGUAACUAAAAACAACUAAAUCUGAAAUAUUGUGCUGGCAGUUUGCUGAGCACUAUAUCAUACUUGAAGCUGAACAAAUUGUCAAUUUUAGUAGCACGAUAUGUUCUCGUGUAUAGUUUUUUUUUUUUUUUUUUGUAAAAUAGUUUUUUUAGUGUUGACUAAUUAUAUUGCAUGUUUUUAUUUGUUUGCAGCAUUUAAUUUGAAAUCAUUAUUAACAUAAGUACAGAUCUGUAGUUCUUAAGGCAUUGUGUUUGAUUGGGGCACUUGGGAUAUGCGUCAUAUUCAGGCAAAUAACCUGAAGAUGAUGGUGUUGGUGAAGCACACCAAUGGGUUCAGUUUUCCUGUCUUGUAUGUAAUCUUUUCAUCCUCAAAUCUGCUAUGGAAUAAAAAGCAUUUAGCUAAAAUUAUUUAGGCGAAAGUGAAGUUAAGCUGUAUUUAUUAUGACUAACUGCAUUGUUGCUGUUAAUAUUUUUUUUAAUGAAGUAUUAUAUCAACAGGCCUGAACAUUUUUGUUUAAUGCUGACUUUUCAGAAGGUUUUAAUAAAUAGUGAAGGCUUUUGUAAUUGGAAUGAAACCACAAUGUGGCAGCUUUGUUUUUUUAAACGUCUGCUGACUUGUUCAGGUCUGCUCUGUUUCUGGAGACUGAUCCCCACCAAGGGCUCAAUAUUGUUCUUUUUUAAUCAAAUAAAUGUAUUUUACAUUAAAAA